GUCAUGCCGAGCUACCAGCAUAGGUCGUCGACCUAUGCUGGAGGGCGGUGGCUGGAGGGUCAAUCAGGGAGCUGCUGUAUCGGACACAUGUCCGAUGUAGCAGCUGACUGAGUAUAGCACCUGUGUAGCCCUGGCGGGCUCAUUCUGGACAUCCGAAUGGCCCGUCCCCUUGUUGGACUCGAUGGCGGGUGGGGAGCACAGGUGCCGAAUUAACCAAAAUAUAUAUGGACAAAAAAACACACACAAAACUACUUGCCCCAGACCUAUGUCUGGGCAAGAAACGACGAAUUGACGAUAAAAAAGAGGAGGUCCCAAAAAGCUGUGCCACCUGGCCAUCAUUUCUGGUGGUUAGAUGCACAGAGGAGGGAAAAAGCCUGACCAAGUUGAGCCCUUUUAUUAUCUAUAAGGGACUCAAGUCAGUAGUGGGAGAGCCCAAGAGUGUGUCUAAGCUACACAAAACAAUGGAACUCCUUGUAGAAGUAGACAGCAAGACACACUCUGAUGGGCUUUUAAGAUGCAGAAGACUCUGUGAUCUCCAAGUGGAAGUCAUGCCACACAAGAGUCUGAACACCAGCAGAGGUGUAAUCAGCUCUAGGGACCUACUGGAAUGUUCCGAGAAGGAAAUAGUGGAGGGCAUUGAAGGAGUCACCCAUGCCCGGCGCAUUACCAGGCGCAGGGAGGGUGAGGAGGUCAAAACCGCCACUAUUAUCCUCACAUUCGGAACUAGGACACCGCCAGAGUAUGUGAAGGCAGGAUACCUACGAGUUCCAGUGAGGCCCUACAUACCUAACCCCAUGAGGUGCUUCAAGUGCCAGGGCUAUGGACACGGCGCGGCAGUCUGCAAGAGGAACACUGUGUGUGCCAGAUGUGCUGGAGAGUGUCAUGAGGACAAGGGCUGCACAGCCCAGUUCAAAUGCCCAAACUGUCAAGCUGGCCACUCAGCCUACUCCAAGGACUGCCCUGUGUGGAAACAGGAGGUUGCCGUGCAGGAGUACAAGGCAAGAAACGGAUGUACCUUUAGCCAGGCGAAAUCGGCUGUACUGGCCCUACGGCUUGACAAAGACCUACGCCCAGGCUGUUGCUAAGAAAGGAAGAUCCAUAGCCACACAGACGGACACAUUGACCCCACCACCCCCUCCUCCUCCCCCAACUCAGAAGAAAACACCGCCAAAGAACACACCUCUGAAGAAACAAGAAAGCCCUGUUGUCAUGCUAAAGAACAGGUUCUCUGUGCUCGCUGAUGAGAGCAUGGAGACUGAGCAGCAUGUCAAAACCAAUACUCCGGGAGAACCCGGAGACAUCAUGUCUGACACAGGUUCUCCUCAGAGAACCCAGCCAGACACCCCAACCUCUACCGAGUUAGAGGUUGACCAACUCCCUAAGGGGAGAAAUCAAAGCGGAGAGGAUGCCCGAGGUGAGAGAGGAGGAAAUAACUUCCGCUCUAACCAGAGGGAUCUCACCUCUCCAGAGAGAAAGACUUCCCCCAAAAGGGGGUUGUCCUCCUCUCCAUCCAAACCCAAGAAUAAAAAUACCAAGGUCACUGGAAUAAAGGGAAACCCCUCCGUGGGCCUCCCAAGGCCAAAUAGCUCCAAGUAG